ACAAAUUUGUUCACGCAGAGCGGUUGUGUAGCGGACGCCGUGCCCGUUUUGAUUCGAUAUAAAUUCAAAUUAUCCAAAUUCGAGGCAAAACUCAGUUUUUGUUUUCCGCGUUCUUGGCGUUUUGUUGAAUAUUCGGGACGACGACGGGUUAUGUUAUCCAAAGAGUCGGAAUAAUCGGAUAUAGAAAUCGAAUCCAAUCCACGCUCAAAAUCGAAAGUGAAAUUCGUGGAACGGUGAACCAAACACAACGCGACGACGUGCAAGGUGAUUUUUUGAAUGGAGAAGUAAAGUAAAAGAGAAACAAAUUCAAUCCAAUCACAAAUCAAUCUACCAAUUAAAGGCAAUUCAUAAUUAGUAUUAUAUCGAUGCUAAAGUGUUUAACAGUUUAACAACAACCCUAAAGAAUUAAUCAUAAUCAAGAAUCCAGGUGAUUCGGUGUGCAAUACUAUUGAGAGCCGGAAAACAUUCAAUAUUGUUGAAUCAAGAGAUCUGUACGUUUGUUAUCAAAACAAAUCGAAGAAACUAGAGCUCUUAAACAUCAAGGAUUUCUAGACGUCCCAAGAGUUGCGUAAACAUUUCUGUUUUGGAAAAGUUGGCCCCAACAACCAAAACAAAUGCAAAUGUGCGCCCCAGAGACGUAUCACCCCGAAAGUUAUCAAUCGUAGAACAUUGGAGGAGUGGCGAAGUGGAGAGUGGAGCGAACUCAACCGGUUAAGCGGUUAAGCGGGCUACAAUACUUGGAUAAGUAUCUUCUUCUGGAUAGAAUCGACCACACACAAAAGUCACCACAAUGUUGGAUCGAUGCGAAAUGCCGAUCCAGCUGGACAACGAGAAGCUGCGACGCGAUGUGCGGCUCUCGAGCUCCCGCCUGGACCUGCCUCAGCUCUGCAAUGGGUCGCGGCGUGGCCUGGAUGGCCACAACAACCAUGUGGCAGUGAAUGAGGCGGUCACCACAACGACGUCCCUCAAUGGCAACAGCAACAACAACAACAACAACAACAACAUUGGCUCCCCCGUCUCCUCGUCGACCACCAACAGCAGCAACGGUGGCAACGAGCGCGGCUCCUCCACCAAGUCCAACAGCAGCAGCGGCAGCGGCAGCUCCGGCAACUCGGCCAGCAGCACUGGCAGCGCCGAGCUCAAGUGCAACACGCCCAUGACGCCAUCUGAGCUGGUGAAGAAGUUCCGCAACUACCUUACGGAUCUGGAGUUCGAGGAGCUCAAGGUGUACAAGGAGGUCUGGUACUUCGGACAGCACGCCAGCAAGAACUACAACAAGCCCGCCCCCACAGCCAACACCACGAAUCUGGGCUAUGACGAUGAUAAUGGCAACUACAAGAUCAUCGAACACGAUCACAUAGCCUUUCGUUACGAGAUUCUGGAGGUGAUCGGCAAGGGCAGCUUCGGGCAGGUGAUCCGGGCCCUGGACCACAAGACCAACACACACGUGGCCAUCAAGAUCAUUAGGAACAAGAAGCGCUUCCUCAACCAGGCCGUCGUCGAGCUGAACAUCCUCGAUGAGCUGCGCGAGAAGGAUGCGGAUGGAUCUCACAAUGUCAUCCACAUGCUGGACUACACAUAUUUCCGCAAACAUUUGUGCAUUACCUUCGAGCUGAUGAGCUUGAACCUGUACGAGCUGAUCAAGAAGAACAACUACAAUGGAUUCAGCAUGAGUCUGAUCCGACGCUUCUGCAAUUCGAUUGUGAAGUGCCUGCGACUGCUCUACAAGGAAAACAUCAUUCACUGUGAUCUCAAGCCGGAAAACAUCUUGCUCAAACAGCGCGGCAGCAGCUCCAUCAAAGUCAUCGACUUUGGCAGCUCCUGCUAUGUGGAUCGCAAAAUCUAUACGUACAUCCAAUCGAGGUUCUAUCGCUCCCCGGAGGUGAUUCUGGGCCUGCAAUAUGGCACGGCCAUUGACAUGUGGAGCUUGGGCUGCAUUCUGGCCGAGCUGUACACGGGAUUCCCGCUCUUCCCCGGCGAGAACGAGGUGGAGCAGCUGGCCUGCAUCAUGGAAGUGCUGGGGUUGCCGCCCAAGGUGCUCAUCUCGGUGGCCAGGCGUCGGCGAUUGUUCUUUGACUCGAGGGACGCGCCGCGCUGCAUCACAAACACCAAGGGGCGGAAGAGGGCGCCGGGCAGCAAGUCGCUGGCCCAGAUCUUGCACUGCCAGGAUAGGUACUUCAUUGACUUCCUGCAGCGCUGCCUGGAGUGGGAUCCCGCGGAGCGGAUGACGCCCGACGAGGCGGCCCACCACGAAUUCCUACAGCCCUCCACCUCCAGUCGCCAUCGCAGCUGCCGCAUGUCGAGCAGCUCCUCCAGCUCGGGCCUGAACAGCGUCUCCCAGAAGUCCUCCUGCUACAACUUUGCAGAGAUCUCGCCGGGCAGCGGUGGGCCCGUGGUGGCCUCCAUCACCAGCACCACAGCAGUGAGCAAUGCGGCCAUCACCACCACCAAGUCGAGACAGCCGCAGCUGCAGCAGCAGCAGCAGCAGAGUCACAGCCACAGCAACCACAUCAACCACACGAGCCACAGUCACGCCCAGUCGAACGGGCACCUGCCCGACAUCAAGCUGAGCGCCGGCGAUAAGUACAACAGCAUGCAGAAGGUGGCGGUGCGCUCCAAGAUCACCUCGAGCGUCUCCGACCUGGAGUCCGUGCAACAGUACUCGCUGCACCGCAUCUACGGGGGCGUGGGCAGCGGCAGCACCCACCACGUCUCCUCGGCGGCCACCAGGAAGCAUCUGAACGGAGUCAGCAAUGUGGGCGCGUCUUCCAAGUACGGCAGCUCGACACUGGCGCACAAUCAUCACAAUGUGAGCCACCACAACGCGUCGACGGCCACGAUUGCCACGGCCACUCACCAUCACCACCACCACACGGGCGUCAAUCAGCCGGUGAUCAACGGAACGGCCAGUGGCGCCAUGUCGCACUCUCAGUCCACUGGCGAUGUCUCCGACAGAGCCAUCUUUGGGAGGGCUUGACUCCGAGCCCGCCCCACCAAGCUGGAGCUCAAAAAGUGCAAGCUGGUCAACAUGAUGGACUUCUGGAGCUAGAAGUGGCGUCCGCAGCAGUGCGCUGCUGUCAAGGAGCGCGAGGAGGAGCAGGAGCAGUAGCAAUAGCAGGAGCGGGAGCAGGAGCAGGAGCAGGAAAGGGACUAAGAUCCAGUCCUGGCCUAGCUAGUUAUAGUAUCUGUCAUAUAAGCCACAUAGGAAGAUGUAAUUGUGCGUAUUGUAUUUGUCUGUGAGCGCAAUGCUGUUGUACUCCCACUUCCUCCCAAACACCAUCCCCCACUCGAAAUACGUAUGUAGGUACAUCUAGGAUAGUCGUCCCCUUGCGGUCCUUGCAGCACUUUGCAGUAUUCUCUAAGUUUCCCCAAACUAUCUUAUUUCGCUACUGCCAUAGCCAAAUGUAUUCCCCCCACCCCACCCUACCACACAACACCAAUCGUAUUCUCCAAACCUCCCCCGAAAGUAUUCUCUUCCCUCCAUUUUAGAACAGACCCGCGGCAAGGUGUUGCCAGGUGUCUGCUACACACGAAAAGUGUGUUCAACAUGAACAAAACAAACCUUCGGACAGAAAACGAAAUCAGAAGCCAGCUCAAAGGAACAACAUACCCUAGAUAUAGUGUAUAAGAUAUGGCAUAUACUAAACAUAGAAGUAACGAUUCACCCAACGCAUCCCCUAAUCUCCCAAUCUCCCAAUCCCCCACCCCACACAGAUAUGCAUACAUACAUACAUACAUUAACACACAUACAUAACAUACUCGUAUUUUUAGGGUCACUUGCGUGCGACUCAAAUGUGUAACAAUUUCAUACAGCUUCCAUGUCUUUUGCAACAGUAUCAAGGCUGUUAUUAGUUACAUAUGCAAAACAGAAAUGUAUCUAUAUAUCUUUAACUGUAAUUGUAUUCGUAAGUUAGGAGCUCGGGGGUGGGUUCGAUGGAAAACCCACACAUCACAGCGAACCCCCAAUCAGCAUGCAGUUGCAUGAUAAACUUGUGCAUGAGAAUGAAUGAAGUACCACUACCACUACCUAUGUACGAGUAUGUACACAAGGAGUCUGGCCCAUCCGCACGGAAUACAUGUCAUAAUUUAACGAAAACGCAUAUUAAAUAAACCUUAGAUUUACUAUAACUCUAGGCAUAGAAUCAUUUUGUGCAGAUAAACCAACAAAACUGGCCAAUAUCACAAUAAUUAGAGAAUUCAGAAGAAUAUAACAAACAGAACAGAACAGAAACGAAUACCCGUACAAUAAUUAUAGAGCGCCACCUUUACAUAUAUGUAAACCGUAUUAGUGGAUGCAAAUCGAGCAAAUAAAUACAAUUUUAUUCAAAUUACAGUUUGUUCAUUUUAAAAUAGACACUCAACAAAGUGAACGGUAAACGGCAGCCAGCUGGCUAAAAGCUGGCUAAAAGUGUGUUAACCGAGUCUAGACUGUCGCCAGAGCGAUGUUUGUAAUCCGUAAAAACUACCGUAAGUUUAGAUAACACUGUAAACAAAUUGCAACUUUUGCUCAUGACUUUUGGAUAUAUAAUGCACUAGACUCCAAUAUCUAAUAUUUACAAUAUACUAGCAUGUACUCACCCGACUCGUAUAGUAUGUAUACCCAUACCCCAUGCCCAUACCAUACCCCCCCAUACACAGAGCUGCGAUCCCUGGAGCUUGUUUCGUAUUAUUUAUAAAUGUUUUCUCUGCCACUCGUCGUAACUCGUAUGUAUAUCCGAUAUGAACUUUCUUCAAUGUAUUAUGUGUUUUAUUAUGGAUUUUGACAGCAGCAAAACCAACAGCAAAACUUGAUUUACAAAGUGUGUUCGAAUUUAACGUUUAGUAUUAAAUUUAAACUAAAUGAAGCAGACCAUGCGAAUGGAAACUUACUUAUAAUUACAAAAUACACAUAUACAUACGUACAUAAAUAUCAAUUUUAAAUUAAUGAAGCAUAUUAAUUGUAUAAAUCGAGAAAGCGACAUGUAAUCAAUUACAAUUACAACAAAAAAAGGAAUAAAUGAAAAAA